GAUGCAGAGGGCUUCCAUUGUUCUUGGUUUUGUCGCACAUGCAGUCUUUCUCAUUGCCUCUUAUCUUGAUGUUCCUUUACGAUACCCGCUGCACUUAGGAGGUUCUCGUUCGCACAUUUGUGACUAUGCGCCAUCAACAGAGGCCACAACAUCUGAUUCGACUGUCAGUUCAGUUGUUGAUGCUUGUGCGAAGCCGACAAAAUUUCCUCUCUUCUUGGAAGGCCAAGAUUCUACAAGAGCGGCAUAUGCUAUAUUCUUAUUAAAUAAGGACUUGGAGCAGAUAUUGAAUUUCUUCGGUGCUGAAAGCUUGGGACCGCGUCAUAUAUUAGCUAAUUUAAAGGAGCUAACGACGAUCAUUCAAUCUCCAGAAUUUCUUGACAAAUGAUGGAAUCCAUCCAUGUAAGUAAAGCUGAAGCAGCCCAAAUAGGUAUCCAACCAUCCAUUACAUUUUCUUUUUUAUAUAUAUAUUUUAUUAUGUUUGGCAUCAAAUUUCCAGAGGUGAAUAUAUGUUUUUUUUAGGAAACACCUCGUAUAAUUGGAAAAUGCAUUUUCUGCCCAACUUUCUGACCCAGAGGGGAUUCAUAAGCAUUGAAUUAUUGAUUUAACCUCCAGCACUGUUUUUCUUUUGUUUGGAUGAUUUAAUAAUUCAAUGCUCACCCAAAAAUGUAUUAGCAUUUAUGCUUUUAUGUUCUCAUUUAACUUAUUGUAAAUUUACUGUGAUACAAAAUGCGUGAAAUUAUAAUUUUAUGGCAUUAAAAUACAUG